AUGCCAUCAAAAUAUUUCCCAGUAUCUACCAACAACCCGGGGGACAGUGACGAGGAUGCAGCAAGCUCGCUUUUCGAGGAGAAACGAGACUUUCAGACCAGAGGAUGGUACUCGACCUUACGUUGGCCAAUGCUCAUGACCGCAGGCCUUGUGGCAUACUCCCUUGGAAUCUGCUGGAUUACGAAGUUGGCUCUUCUCGGAUUAUAUCAAGCUGACGGCCCUAAAGUUCCUCAUCCUGACGAGAAAGAGUAUGUCAUCACCGAAACCGGUCAGCAUGGCGAUACCUGGACCCACCAUCUGGUCCACGGCAAACCGAGUCCCGAGCUUGAUGAUGCUUGGUAUGACCUGCUUAAGCCCUUCAACACUCGGGUUCCGGCAGAGCGGUACGAAGCAGCCAUGAACAACCGCCCCUCAGUCCGUGUGGCAGAUGGCUCGGACAACCCCGAUUAUUAUGUUACGCUCACCGUGUAUCAUGAACUCCAUUGCCUGAUGAGAUUCCGGUGGUUUCUGAACCCUGAGUACUACGCGAACAAGACUUGGGAGGAACAAGCUGCAGAUAAGGCCGCUAUGGGUCAUUAUAAACACUGCCUCUGGAGUCUCCUCGAGUCCGUCCUCUGCAACGGUGAUACGUCUAUGCGGACGUUCCACUGGGAUCCGCACAUGGCAGCGCCGAAGCCAGACUCACCAGCUGAACGAAAAUGUGUGAACUGGGAGUGGCUCCACAAGUGGACGAUGGACCGUUCGUUCCUUUUGCAAGAUCGGUUGCUUAGCCACCCAACGUUCGGGCGGUUGGACGAGAACUUGAUGGCAGUGAAGAUGCCUCAUUGA